GAUUUCGUUAUGGGUAUAAGACAAGCUCAAGGUGUAUUAAAUAGUUUACUUUUGAUUCAAGACAUUAAAAAGGAGGUCGACACGUUUUCGAACGAUGGAGAUUCCAUGUAUGAUGUAAAUGAUGAAAUUAAGGAUGAAGAUGUAAGUGUUAAAAUUAAAAUAGAAAGCGAAAAGCAUAAUGAACAAUCUAGUAGCAAAAAAGUGCUGAAACAAUUAAAAAAUGUGUCUAAAAACUUUUCUGUGGACAAUAUACCUCUUUCUCAAUUAAAAUUAACUUGGAAAGACUAUGAUUGGACAUGUGCCAUAUGCGGUACACAAUUCCCUACAAUCGACGAGUUGGUGUCCCAUUCUAUUGCAUAUCACAAGUGUUGUAAUGCAUUCCGAUGUACAGACUGUAACAUCCGUAAACUAAGACUCCAAGGUUUCCUAAAACACGUAAAACAACAUAGGAAAUAUUUAAGACUAUCCUGUUUUAAGUGUUUUUCUAAAUUUUCGAGUACUAGAGAUACUAAUACACAUGCUAUGAAGCAUAUUAAUAGUGAAAACGUAUGUCCGGGAUGCAAUUCAACUUUUGAAGUGUCAAAAUUGUUGGAAGACCAUACAAAAACGUACUACCAAGCUAAAAGGUCACGUUUCAAUCCCAUAAUGCAGAAGAUGUCAGACAAUCUCACUUGUGUGCUAUGUAAAAAGACAUUUAAGAAUAAAAGCAGUUUAAACACCCAUUUACUAAUACAUACAGACCGUAAACGUGAUCAUACUUGUGAGAAAUGCGGAAAAUGUUUCUUAAGCAAACAAAAUUUAGCUGGACAUAUUAUGACAUUACAUGACAAUGUACGUCCAUAUCCAUGUGAAAUAUGCAAGGCUGCUUUCAAAACCCAAUCUCAAUUAAGAAAUCAUGUUGGUGUUCAUGAUAAUAAGAAACCAUUUGCCUGUGAAAUAUGUGGAAGAUGUUUCCGACUCCAAAAGCAAUUAAUCUCCCAUAGCAUCAUUCACACAGACUCCUUACCAUACAUUUGUUCUUUCUGCAGCAAGAGAUUCCGUUUUAAAACAAUACUGAAUCAACAUUUACGCCAACAUACUGGAAUACGCCCAUAUUCAUGUGAUACUUGUCAAAGAGAUUUCACGAAUUGGCCAAAUUAUAAUAAACACAUGAAAAGAAAGCAUGGCACAGAUAUGGCAAAGAAAAAACAUACUCCAGAAGGUUUAUAUCCCAUUGAUCCCAAUACUGGUGAAGUUGUAAUUCAACCAGAGUCUGAUAAUCUAUUGGAGUGGAAGAAAGAAAUGAUGAAACAAAGAAGGCCUGGACGACCUGGACGUACAGCAAAUGUUAAUGAAAAGAAAUCUGAUUUGGGACUAAAACAAGAUGACCAUGAUUUAAAGUGACAAAAAAGUAACUAGUAAAUGUCAAUAAGACGAACUGUGGCAUGUUAUAUUGUAACUUUGAGCGUCACAAUUUGUGGAAUAUUCAUUUGUUAAUGAUACAUCAAAAGCAGUGAUGAGAGGAUAAAAAAAAUGAGUGAAGAAACACAAUGACACAUUCCUUCAAUCCUAGUGGUCUCAAACAAGUGUCUAUUAGCCAUUGCUCCACCUCUCACCAACUGAGCUACAGAUUAAUUUAGCAGAUCUAACAAAUUUCUCAUUGGCUUUAAAUUACUUUUUUGCCAUAUGUCACCUAUGAGAAACUUACGCAAGUUUCUUAUAUGAAUAUCACGGUAGUAGAGACAUCAUGAUAUUCAAUAAAAUUACUUUUUAUCAAAAAAUAAGUUUUUAUUCAUGUUAUAAAGUAAUAUACUUAGAUAACUUUUCAAAACAUUAUAUUGUGAAAGUUAUUGCUCGUUGUGGAACUUGAAUUAUAAGUAUAUGUUAUUUUUUGUUAAUUAUUAAUUUAUAACGAACCAACGACGUUGGCACACGCAAUAAUAUAUUUUACGAAUUA